AAAAAUACUAAGUAUUUUCAUAAAUUUAACAACAAUUUGCUGGAAGCCGUUCAUUCCACAAUUUUAAUAAAAAAAAUAUUUGGGGCAUCUAUUUACGAAUUUGAAACGAAGAACGGAAGAACUGAAUUAAGAUUCACAUUAUUAGGGUUCGGGUUCUUUAUGUUCUGGUAUUUAAUAUUCUACUACAGCGCCUACAUCACUUUCCGUGAAGACCAGAGUAUCCUAAGAACGUUAUAUGACACGAAGCUGAAACAGUACGGAGAUCACUACGAAAGAGUUUCAACAAUUAUAUUUGCUGUUUAUGUAAUGUGGAAACUGCCUUUCAGUUUAAAUAGAUCUCCUAAGUUUGUUCAACAGAUCGCACAUAUCGACAAAGCAAUAUCUAGCUUAGGAGAAGUAGUAGAUUAUAGAGACGAUGCUUUUGCAGCUUAUUACUCGGCAAUUUUUCAAAUGGCAGUAUUUUUUGCUCGCACUUUAUGUAUAUGGGUGACGAUAGGUGAUUUCGACAUGGAGGUCCCUUACGAAAGCAUAUAUCAAAUGGUUUUCGCCGAUUCGACAGCUCUUGUUAUAUCUGGUCAGUUUUGUUAUUUUACAACAGUUCUGAAAAGAAGAUACACUAUAACAAACAGAGUUUUGGAUGAAAUCAGGAUGCAGAAGUCUUGGGAGUACAUUCUGUUUGUGAGAGACAAGCCAAUGAAAACUGAGAGGUCUCUUGUGUUGCAAGAUAAGUACCUUUGCCAGAAAAUUCAAACGUGUGCAAAGAUAUACAGUAUGCUGUACAAAGCAAUACAACAAUUUAACGGCAUUUUCGGGUUAAUCAUAUUGGUGAUAUUGUAUGUCGGUAACGUUAAUGUGGUUCUCUACUUAUUCUAUUUUAUGGAAGCGACCGCUUCUGGUCUUUUCCACGAUUUGCAGAGAUACAUGUACUUUCUGGUGGGUGUAUUCUGGCGCUCUGCCUAUGCGGUCGGGAUAGGAUUCAUUAUUGUAUAUUACACUCAAAAAACAGUUCAAGAGGCUGCUGAGGCCACUUACAUAACACAUGAAAUAGUUAACAGCAAUCUGAGUCCUACAAUAACAAAAGAGGCAAUGCAGUUAUCGCUGCAAAUGCUGCAUCAAGUGCCCAUCUUCACAGUUCGCGGGCUUUUCAAAUUGGACUACGAGCUGAUGCAUCAUGGAAUCCGCUCCGUAGUGACCUUUCUUGUGAUACUAUUGCAAUUUGUAAUGGACACAUAAUAUAAUCAGAAUUACAUUUUGCUACCGUAUAUGGCGCAGCUCUUUGGCGUGAUGUCUUAAUUUAUACUUCCUCAUGUCUGCUGGUGUCAUUCUAUUCACUGUUCUAUAUGUAUCACAAUAUGUAAGCUACAUAGCUAGCACUAAAUUGUAACUAAUAAUAAAGUUUGUUUCACAAGUGUUAUACAUUGUUUUUGUCUUCUGUCUUUUUCACUCUAAACCACUAAACUGAUUUAGUUGGUUACAGAGAUAGU